UCCGUCGUCGCUGCUUUUAUUUGGUUUUAACAAAUCCACUUGGUACAAGAAACAAGAUGAAAGUGGUUAUUUUGCUGCUCGUCUUUUGUCCUUUAGCAUCUUCAGUGACCCACUCCCUGAAGUACUUCCUCACUGCAUCCUCCCACGUGCAAAACUUCCCAGAGUUUGUGAUUUUCGGGAUGGUUGAUGGUCUUCAGAUGGUUCAUUAUGACAGCAACACUCAGAGAGCAGUACCCAAACAAGACUGGAUGGACCAGGUCGCAACAGGUGACCCACAGUACUGGGAGACGGAGACUGGAAAUAUGAUGAGUCACCAGCAGUGGUACAAAACCAACAUUGAGACUGUGAAGCAGCGCUUCAACCAAACUGGAGGCGUCCACAUCUUUCAGAGGAUGAGUGGCUGUGAGUGGGACGAUGAGACUGGAGACAUUAAUGGAUAUCAUCAGUAUGCUUAUGAUGGAGAAGACUUCAUCGCUCUGGACCUGAAGACAGAGACAUGGGUCACUCCGACAUCACAGGCUCUCAUCACCAAACUGAGUUGGGAUCUAGACAAAGCUGACUUAGCUUACAGGAAGAACUACUACACCCAUGUGUGUGUUGACUGGCUGAAGAAGUAUCUGCAGUAUGCGAGCAACAGUCUCCAGAGGACAGCCCCUCCCUCAGUGUCUCUGCUCCAGAGGUCUCCCUCCUCUCCAGUCACCUGCCAUGCUACAGGUUUCUACCCUGACAGAAUCGUGAUGUUCUGGAGGAGAGAGGAAGAGGAGGUCCAUGAGGAGGUGGAGCAUGGUGAGCUCCUCCCCAACCACGAUGGAACCUUCCAGAGGAGCGUUCAACUCCUCGUUGACCUUUCAUCAAUGAAGUCUGAGGAGUGGCAGAAGUACCACUGUGUGGUUCAGCUUUCUGGGAUGAAGGAUGACAUCAUCAUCAAACUGGACCCAUCACAGAUCAAGACCAACUGGAAAGAUCCUGCCGCGAACAUGCCCAUCAUCAUUGGAGUGCUUGUUGCUGUCAUCAUCAUCAUGGCAGCCAUUGGCGUGGCUUGGUACAUGAAGAAGAAAGCCAAGCGCCCUCCACCUUCUCCUGACAGCGGCUCUGAGCUCUCUCACCAGCUGAACCCCGAUGCUUCACACUGAACUAAGUCUGUGGACACGUUGGGGAAUCAAGCAGACUUCAGUGCAUAACUCGGGAACGUGUCAGUUAAAAAUCAUUAGCGGUGUGGGGAGUUACACAUGACAUGUUGAAGGACAAAAGUCAACAAUCCAUCACAGUUGAAAACCA